UCUUCAGGUACGGGCGGCGGCGCGGGCUCAGGUGACGAGGACCAGACCACGCCCCAUUCAUCCCCGCAGCUGUCACGAUGGGCGGCCCAGGUACCGCCCCUCCCCAAGGAAAUGGAAAGGACCAUCAAGAUCAAGAAGGGCGCCGACCAGCUGGGCGUCAACAUCGAAGUGGUGGACCAGGGUGUGAACGGCGUGGUGGUCUCCUCGCUGGUGAGGAACGGCGCCGUGCACAAGGACGGUCGUCUGCACGCUGGGGACUUCAUCCUCAGCGUCAACAACGAGUCCAUGAGGAACAUCACCAACUCCCAGGCCAGAGCCAUCCUCAGGCGCACUCAGCUGGUCAGCACCGACGUCAGCAUCUGCUACAUUCGAGGGCAGGACGCAGCUGCCUUCCGCGAGGCUUCUCUGCUGCAGUAUCGGUCGGGA